AUGUUCGUUCUGCGCAGGAGUUUCUCACGUUGUGUUCGCUUGCAGAUCAAGCGCACGCAGUUCCCGCCAAGACCGAAAUUCACUGCGGAGAUGGAGUCCCAGUGCGAGGAGAGUUUCCUCCACGGUGGACGUGGUCCCCGGUGGACAGGAAGGAGUCGAACGAAGGUGACGAAACGUCGAAAAGUGACAACUGCGACACGUGCCGACAGGAAUUGUCGUUUCCUGCCAGGAGACGAGGUCACGGGAGCGGAACCGCGAGAUAGCAAGACAGAAAAUGGCCUCUCAAUUGAGUGCGGACGCCGCUGCGAAGAGGACCGAGGCCGUGUCGGGGUGGGAACAGCGGCGGAAAAGGGCUAG